CUUUGGUCACGUGACACCAAUGAAUUGUGAAAAGCCUAAAGAACAUAUAUACCCGGUAUACACACCAGUUUAAUUAGUAUUGAUAUGAACAUCAAAGUACAAGUUUCAUAUCAUAAAAAGGAAAAAAAAUGGCAGGUGCCCGCUGCUGGACCAUACUAUAUUGUCUUAUUUACGUUUCUCAAGUUGCAUCAAAUGACAAAGGAUUAAUUGUAUCAACGUUUCCAAAUUGGAUGUAUAAUGGACAACUUAAUGUAUACCACGGCGAUCCUUCGACGUUUAUUACUGAGCAAACUGUAGGCCUUUCUAGACAUGAUGUUGAUUAUGAUGCUCAAGUAACGUCACUUGCGACUAAUACAGAAGACAAUUCAGUUCUUUUCGUAGAUGCAACAAAAAAUACACUUUAUAAUUUUGAUAAUUUUAACCUUUAUAUGAACCAAACUAGUCAACAAUUUACAGCUAUACAUACCGGUAUAUCAGCAACAACCAGUCAAAUUGCGUAUGACUGGUUAACAAAAAACGUAUACUGGACUGAUGGAUUCUACAAAUGGAUUGCUACGCACCCAGUCAUGAAAAAAGAAGAUAUGAGCCUGUAUAAAGUGUUAGUGACAAAGCAUUUAACAAAACCAGAGGGCAUAGCCGUUGACCCUUAUAAAAGGUACUUAUUCUGGUCCGAUGUGAUCGGUCUUAAAUCUAAAAUAGAAAGAUCAAACUUGGCAGGGGACGAAUCAACUCGAGUAGUGCUAGUUCAAAGUGACAGUCCAAUAUGGAUAUCAUCUCUAGCAGUAGACACUACAACAGAGACAUUAUACUGGGCAGAUAUUGGUCGUCAGACGAUUGAAACCAUUGACUACAGUGGAUCGAAGACCAGUAGAAAAGUUCUAGCAAAGCUUCUAGGAUCUGCAUUCAUAGCAAUAUCUUUAGCUAAGGAUGUAAUAUGUGGAAGUAACUAUAAAGAUCUCAGCGUGAGGUGCUAUGAUAAAAUAACGGGAAAUAACACGUGGUUUACAACUUACUAUUACAAAGAACCAUGGGCAGUGGCUGUAUAUGACAAAGAUAUGCAAACCAAAGCAACUCAUCCAUGUCAAAGCAAACAAUGUGCCCAUAUAUGUAUCAACAUUGACCAAGCAAAUGCCAAAUGUCUGUGCAAGGAAGGAUUCAAAUUGAAAUCUGACGGAUUGUCGUGCGAAAGUGAACAUGGAUUUUUGUUUGGAAAAGCCAUCAUAAUGGCCAAUUCAACUGAUGCUUGUAUGUACGAUGCUCACAUCAGCACAAAUGCUAAACCUACCGCUGACUGCUUUCUAUCAAAUAUGUCAGGCUUAAUGUAUUUUGCUGUUGACAGUCAUGAGCGCCAAUUUUACUACAUCGACGAAGUAUCAAUGUCGGUUAAACAAGUUGAUAUGAUAAGUAACAUUGAGAAGGUGAUCUAUACAGAUGCUACAGCAUUCUCAGGAUUUGCAUUUGAUUGGACAACGAAAAAUUUGUUCUGGACUGAUUAUCAGGGAGGCAAGAUUGUUGUUCAUUCCGUGUUAACAUCUACAACGGCAGAUUUAGUAACUUUGUUAGAUAAUCCGAGUUAUAUCACUGUAGACCCUCACAUGAAAAAAAUGUAUUGGAUCACAGGAUAUGGAUACACAGCUACUCUGGAAGAAGGGAAUUUAGACGGAUCUGGAUUAAAAACAAUUCUGGCUAAAGGAGAAAUAAGUUAUCCAGAAUCAUUGUUUUGGGAUGUAACGGCACAAAAAUUAUAUUGGAUAAACAAUGGUGAUCUAGUGAGCAUGAAACCAGAUGGAUCAGAGCCUAAAUAUCAUGCAUAUGUAGGUUAUGCAACUCAUAUAGCGAUAUAUCAGGAUUACACACUUUGGACUUCUGGUGACGACAUUCUGGAAAUCGCCCAUUUAGAUUCGUAUUAUCCUGAUACUACAGUCACUGCCAAUGAUUUGAAUAUCAUCAAAGGAUUAGGAGUCUACGAUGUAGACCUACAGCCAAUGGAGAUCAAUAACUGCUCAAACUACAACGGAGGAUGUCAACAUAUUUGUCAGCCAACAACAACUGGAAUGCAAUGUUAUUGUAAUUUUGGAUAUCAAUUACAAGCUGAUGGGAAGUCCUGUUCAAGUACUCCUUUUGAUGAUUCCUUUGCACUCCUUCCCGAUGUUACACAUGACAAAAUAUAUCAAGUAUCCUUGUCAAACGGGGAACUGCGAGCACUAGAUAUUCCUGACGUCGACGUUCCAGUCUCUAUUAUAUAUGAUAAACCAACAAAGAAACUAUACUGGACUAAUGCUGUCAAGACAGAAAUCCGAAGUUCCCCCCUGAAGGCAGCAGUAUCAGAAAUAAUUUAUGAUACCUGGUCCACAUUACCAGUUGGCUUGGCAUUUGAUUAUUCGUCGGGAUUGUUAUAUUUCACAACAGAGUAUUAUUGGGAUCCGAGUUUCAUAGGAUGUAUUUAUCCACACGUAGGAAAAGUCCACAAGAUUAUUUCAAAUUUAGAUUUACCAAAGAACAUUGCCUUGUAUCCAUCGAAAGGAAUACUGUUCUGGACUGAUAUUUCAACAGACCCUUCAAGAAAUUCUUAUAUUGGAUCUGCAUUUAUGGAUGGCACCGGGAUGAAGAAAAUUGUUGAUUCGAAUGUCAACUCGCCUAAUGGAAUCGUUAUUGAUUAUACAGCUGAUAGAGUAUAUUGGGCAGAUGCUGAUCUUAGUACAAUAUCAAGUUGUAGACUUGAUGGUUCAGAUAGGAAAAUAGUUAUAGAGGAACCUGGAGCUAUGCUUGUUGGCGUUGAUAUUUCACCACCAUAUCUGUACUAUGUUGGACGAAAUAAACAGUCCAUUUCAAAAUUUGAUCUGAAGUUGAACACUAAGAUAGAAUUCAUGAAUGAUGUACAUGCACUUGGAAGAAUAGAGUCAAUCCGAGUAUAUCCAGAACAAGCACAACCAGAGAAUGCUCAGUGUAAAAAGGAGAAUGGUGAAUGUGCUUUAUUUUGCCUGCCAACUGCCACAGGAAGAACAUGUGCUUGUGAAGAUGGCGAAACACUUAACGCUGAUGGCAAAACAUGCACUGGACAUAUCACCUGUACUUUGAGAGUUCCAAAUGCCAUCCUUGAAGAUAGAUGUAUAGGACAUGCAACUGGAAGUUGUAAUUUUACUUGUGCAGCUGGAUACGAAAAAACUGUAGACACAUUGGAUUGCGAUGAAAAAGGAAACUGGAAUCACCCCAUCUAUACUGCUUGCCAAAGUGUAACUGGUACGUGCAGAGCUUUCAUUCCAUAUGGACACGUCACGCCAUCUUGUGAUAAGAAAAUAGGAACAACAUGCUCAUUUGUAUGUAAUGCAGGAUAUGUUGCAAAAGAUAAUGAUCAGACUAUAUUAUGUACAGCCAGUGGUGCUUGGGAUAAGCCUUUAGGAGACCUCUGUGUUGCUUCCGCCAUUUAUUGUCCAAAUACUAUUACAAAUGGCCGGCUUGAUUCGCAGUGUCCACGUUCAUCAGGAAGUCAAUGUGACUUCUCGUGUAAUCAGGGCUACACGAAAAAUACCGAUAUAACUGCUUUGGUUUGCCUUGGAAGUGGACAAUGGAAUAUUAAAGGAGAGUUAUGUAAGCCAGAAUCAACAGUACGAUGUCCAUCAACUAUAAAAAAUGGUGCCUUUGGCAAUCAGUGUUCCUUCAGAGUAAAAGCCUCAUGUCCUUAUGUUUGUGAUAAUGGAUAUGACAAAAAUCCAAUAGUAGACCAAGUAAUGUGUAUGGAUACUGGCCGUUGGAAUUUCAAUUUGAUAUCUUUAUGUAAACCAGCAAUGAGUUCGUGUGAGAAAACUUUCAUGCAUGGACACUUUCUGGAACCUUGUUCCGGAUCACAUGAUUCCAUAUGUGGCUAUGUUUGUGAUAAUGGAUACAUCCAGCAACCAAUUGUCCAACAUGUCAUUUGCAAUGAUGGUAAAUGGGCGGUAGAUAGAAAUUCGUUGUGCAUUGAACAAACAGGAAAUGUGAUGUCUCCCCAGAAACAGGUUUCAGAAGGUGCAUCCUCAGGUGCUGUUGUUGGUGCAGUUAUUGCUGCUGUUGUUAUUACUGUGAUAGUAGUACUUGUCAUCGUGUUUUUCAUAUUCAAGAAAAGGACACCUGCAGGACAAUAUGUUUCGAACAAUACCAACUUAAAAUUUAAACGAUUCGAUGACACCAAUGUGCCAGUCGAACAAGGAAUAACUGGGUUUUCAAACCCUAUAGCUAACCAACCUGACUAUGGCAAUUUUAGUCAUCUCCGUGAUGAAGGCUAUGUCACUACAGAAAUCAAUCCAACAUAUGAAGGAGCAGAUCCAAAAGAUGUUAAUUUAGACGUUGCCAAAUCGCCGUCAACAAAUGGUGUUCGUACAAACAGCGAAGCAUAAUAUGAUUAUUGGUUAACUUUUGAAAUAAUAAGCACAGCUUAAAAUAUAUGAACUGUGGUGCAUUGUUUACAUGCAACACUCAUUACAAAGUACUACACAAAUCCAGCAUUAUUGCAAGGAAUCAUAUACAUUUCAGUCUGGUCGGUUAAUACAUAAUAUCUUGUAAUACAAUGUGAAGAAAUUGAAUGGAAACAAUGUGUAAAAAUGUAUUGCAAGCAACAGUUAUUAUUUAUUCAAUCGUGUGAUUUAUAUUGUUCAAGUGGCCUUAUUCCAGUUUAUGCAGUGUUUUUAUAAACUUUAGAGACAUUGAGAAUGUGUAUGUACUUUUCAAAAUACGUAUGACCAUAAGAGAAACAAUAUUCUGAUUUGUUUAGAAUUAAUGUAAAGCCCUCUGUUGUUAAUUGAUACAGAUUACUUACUAUUUUUUUCAGUUGCACUUGGUAGGACACUCAAUGCUUCGAUGUGAAAUAUUGUUUUGUAUUGUAGUUGUUAGUGGAAUAAGUUUAAAAUUUAAUAACAUGUACCGUCCAAACAGAUUUUUUCAAAAGUAUGUUUAUAUUGUAUAAAAAUAGGAAGAUGUGGCAUGAUUGACAAUGAGGCAACUAUCCACCAAAGACUAAAGGCAGAAGAUUAAACAACUAAGGGUCACCUAUACCAUAUAGUAAGCUUUAGAAGGGAACAUGUCAACGGAGAAAUCGAACGGCCUGACUUAUGCUAAAAAUAAUAAACGAAAAACAAACAUGGCAUAAAUGGGAUACUAGUAGUUGUUUCAUUGGCAAUCAUACCACAUCUCCUUAUUUUAUACAGACAAUUAACUACCAAUGAUAACCAUUGUAUUACAGGCACCCGACCUUCAUUGUGUUUAUUUAUCCAAAAUUGUUUUGAAAGUUUUAUUGAUUUUACCUGAGCUAUUACUCUACAAGAUUCUUCUAGUAAUUACAACUUUCUCUAUAUGAUAUAGCGUGCCUUUGCUUUUUUUUAAAGAAGGUUUGUUUGAAUACAGUUAUUCACAUGUUGAUGAAUAAAGGUCGAUAAAGGUAUCAAUAUGUGGUCAUCCUGAAUCUCUUAUAGUCAGUUCAGAGUUUUAAUUAAUUAAAAGAAACUUUAUGCUGAAAGGCAAUUCAUUUUUUUUUAAUUUUCAUUGAUAGCUUUUUUGCCAACUUAUACUAAAAAAGUUUGAACUAUUAACCUAUACAGGAUUUGAUUUAUGAAAGGAUAUAAAUGAAUUAAUUUAAUUUUGCAAUACAUUGUACUUCAAAUGUACAUAUUUUGUUUUUUUAUAAUUUAAUGAAAAUGUUGAUCUCGUUUUUCCAAAAAUGUAUUCAUUAAAAUAAUAAAAGCAGGAAUUGUUUGUCCAAAGCUUCUUUUAUAUGAAAAUAAAUAACAAACAAUUUAUAAAAAAAAGUGAGUGUUAAUCUAUCUCAGUGUCUUUAUGUCUUGCAUAUUUAAAAAUAUCUGGCAAAAUGGGAAAUUUAAUGUUAAAGUAUGUCUUUAAAUUUUCAGUAAUUUUGUAAGCAUGACACAAAAACUUCUCUAUUUGUAACAUUCAUUGUUCCUAAAGAAUUGUGUCCUGUUGUUUACACAAUGUUAAAAUAUUUGGUAGGAGGGUGUCUGUUCUCUUGCGGCUAAAAGGUCGGUAUAAAUUGGUAUAGAAAACUGUUGAUUAGUAUGGCCUAGUUUUUAUUCUUUUCACGACAUGUAUUUCUGUCAUGUAAAGAAUAUGCUCUCAAUAUAAGUGAAUCUGGCACAUCUUUAGGCUUAAAAGUAAUUUCAGUGACGUAUAUUUUUUUCUAAUAUUUAGAAAACAAUUGAGAAAAACUGCAUUUACUUAAAGUUUGAGGAUUUUUAUCAAUUUAAGUUUAGAACCCUCAUCCACCUUCAGUUAUGUUAUAUUUUUACAUUUGUUCAUUUACUGUAGAUAAACUAAUGUGUGACGUAAAUAUUUUUUUGUAAGUUUUGAAUAUUCCAUAUACUUAUCCAUAUAUACAAGAAAUCAUUUUUAUAAAGUGUAAAUAGUUAUGAAUAUAUGUGUAUUCUAAUUAUAUAUCUGUAUUGAAUCAUUUUUUUACAUUGUAUUUAGGGCAUUAUAUUUGUAAGUGUAAGCGAAUUAUUGUUGAAUUCUUAGAUUUCAUUUAAUGCAAAAAAGAUAUUGGGCUGGUCCCGUAUAUUUUUACCAUUACAAUGUAAUACAAAUUAUCAAAUACAGAUUAUUUUCAAUUUAAGAUAAAUAUAUUGAUAUUAAAGUUUGACUUUUUGUAAAGUAAUUCGGAUGUUUUAUUGAAUUAAACGAUUUACACUUGGUUUUGAUAUAAUUAGACACAAUGUGCUCUUUCACAUAUCAUAAUUUUGGACAUUGCUCAGAAUAGCUAAAUUUAGGCAACAGUAUCAAGUUGCUCCUUUUAAUCAGGUUAUUUCAUAUAUCUUACAGAGUAUAUGUAGUUUGAAAAUUAAUUCUGAGUUUCAUUGAUAAGUUAUGGGGUGUUUCCUGGCUUUUAAUCAUUUCUUGUAUUGACAAUUAUAGUAAGACAUUUUACCCAUUUUUAGUAUGUUGGUUCAGAAGUAUCUUCCUCCGGGAAGAAUAAAAAGGAAAUGAGAUAAUCUUUCCAGUUUAAAAGAAUAAUUGUGUUGACAUAUUUUGAUCUAGUUUUCUAGCAACGGAACCGAAGUGUUACCUUAAAUUGGGGGGAUAUGAUUUGAAAUGCAAGCAAAAACGACAUUGUGUGCAAUAUAUUUUUAAUCAUUGAAGCUGUGCCUAACUAUUUCAUUAUCGAUCUUGUUAUUUAUUUAAUACACGAACAGGGUUAUUUAUAUAUUGGGGUUCUACGGAGGACACACAACCCUUAUCCCAAAGUUACAAAAAUUUGAAUAUAACAUAUCUUUUUUUCCUAAUGAGGUUGAGAUACAAAUAGGGCUUUAAAAUCUAACACAAUAUUUCAAGAUACAUUAGAAUUAGAAAUUAUCUAAUACACAAAACGAGAUUUGACAAAAUCUUUGAAAGAUAAAAUUUUGUAUAGUGACUUUAAGAGCGUUGAACUGCAAUGGCAGCGUUUAAAAGGCAAAAACAACAAUGAAAUCAAGGCGUUAUUUAACUUUUUAGUAUUUUUAUUUCAAUAAUCAGAAGUUUGUUGUAUACCUCAGUACAAACAGUUCAGUUGAUUAAUGAGAAACUUGUUAAGGAGAUAUUAAGAAAUGAAAUAGAAGAAUGGUGUGCAGAGAGAUUAUCAUUAUUUUAUGUUAUUGAAUUGUAUUUUUCUAAAUAAAGAAAAAGACAAAUGA